CGCCCUCGCAUCGUAAACUGCAGAAUGUGGAGUUGUAGUCGGGUUGGUAAUCUGCCACACUGGAUUUGAAAGCGCGCAGGACCAGAGGACAGGUUUUACGCACGAGUCCCGCCCGCGAUCAUAAGCGUUUAGCAAGCUCGUAAUAGAGAAGGAAACCUGUUCUCAUGGUGGGUGCUUCAUUUCUUCGUCGAGGAGUAGUGUUGGCUGUUUGAAUGACACCUCCAGUAAACAUGGAUUACGGACGGACCAUGGCCCCUCCGGUGCCGCCCCAUAAACCCAAAGCUGCCCGGCCAGGGCAGGCGCAGGAGCGGCUGCUGAAGUGCGUCCUGCUCGGCGACGGAGCGGUGGGCAAAACCAGUCUGGUGGUCAGCUACACAACGAAUGGCUACCCAACCAAAUACGUCCCUACUGCAUUUGAUGACUUCUCGGCUGUGGUUCAGGUGGAUGGAAGCCCGGUUAGACUGCAGUUGUGUGACACGGCGGGACAGGAUGAGUUUGACAAACUUCGCCACUUCUGCUACAGUCGGACCGACGCCUUGCUCCUCUGCUUCAGCGUCGUCAGCCCGGCCUCCUUCCAGAACGUCUGGGAAAAAUGGGUCCCCGAGAUCCGCCGCCGCUGCCCUCUGACGCCCGUCCUCCUCGUGGGCACCCAGUGCGACCUGCGGCAGGACGUCAAAGUGCUGAUCGAGCUGGCGAGGCGGAGGGAGAGGCCGGUGCUGGAGGAAGAUGCCAGAGCACUGGCGGAAAAAAUUGGGGCGGUGACGUACGUUGAGUGCUCGGCGCUGACGCAGAAGAAUCUGAAGGAGGUGUUUGAUGCAGCCAUCUCUGUGGGGCUACGGCAGUCUGACCGGAGGGUGAGACGGGAGAGAAAGGUCCACAGCACGGCUGAUAAGAUGAAGAUGCUGUCCAAGUCGUGGUGGAAGAAGUACGUGUGUGUCCAGUAAGCGAGGGAGGAGAUUACCUCUCUGUGACUGAUGUGAAACUGAAACUGCUGAUUUAUUUGGAGGGACUGAGUUGGAUGUAAGGACUUGUUUUUACAUUCACAUGGAUUUCCCCAGAUGAGCUGAUCUGAAUGACUUUACUUCAGUGGAGCAGCAGCUGAACAGAGUGUGCCUGCCUGAGCUGUGUGGUGUCUGUGGGUUUGGGAUGGUUUCACUCUGACCAGAAAAGACCCUUUGUUGAUGCCUAAGAGACAGAGAGCACAAGGCUGUAACCACUGUCUGCACCUCAGAGCCAGUCCCUUAAAUAUGACUGUGACCAGCAUGCAACCAAAAAUUAUGGCGCUAAUAAAAUGUUUAUGGCACAUGGACUGCAUAUCAUAACGGACUUAUCCAAAGGAAAUGUGAGCUGACUUGGAGGGGAAGUGUAAAGAGGGUGACGUUGAAUACUAAAAGUAUGCUUCUUCUUUUUUGUCUAAUUUGGUUCCCUUCUUUAGCAAAGCAUUAAAUUGUAUGUAUUCUACACUGUAAUUCAGACCCUAAGAUUUGCAAUAGAUCUAGUUUCAUUUUUGACUGAUUUCAAAGCAUGAAGUUAAUGCAAACUGAUAAGCUUAAAACCCCAAAAUCAAAGAUGCAAUUAUUCUACUGUUAAAUCCAGUCCUGCACCUUUUUUUCCUAAAUCAGAAGCAUCUACAAGUCAGAUGACAACUUAAGAAUAUAAUCUGUAGCUUGUUGGAUUUAUGAUAACUCUUUUUUUUGAGAUUACAAUCUAAUGUAUAUGAGUAUAAAUUUUCUAUGGAAUCAGUGACAUCUAGAGGAUGUGUAUGGCUGCUUUGAACGGUAUAUGAACUGCCAUAGUUAUCUCUGUGCCACAUGGUGAAGUGUUGAUACAGCUGUCACACUGUUACUCAACCACAUAGAGAUCUAUUAGCUCCUCACUAUAACACAUAUACUACAGUAAAUUGACACAUAGCAUUAAUAGAAAUAACUUAUAGUGAAUAAGACAUCUGCUGUAGUUUCAGUUGUUCACUUUGCCCAAAAAGCUUCAUCUGGAGUGUUAAAGCCAACUUUUUGUUACUGUUACAAUAUUGCAUCAAUGCAUAGGUGGUGCCACUGAACAUUGCACUUAUCACACACAGUCCAAACACAUCACUGAAGUCCUGCCAUGCAAUGGCCUUUGGACCAGUGUUGGAGUGGAAACUUUAAUAAUCCUGUAAAAAACUGGGUGUCAGAGCAGGUAAAGGUCUCCUGUUCUCUGCACUACACCAUCAGUUUGGAUGAUCACAGGGUCUUUUAUUGUCAUUCUAAUCAGGGCCUUAAACAGAUAAUUAUCCAUCUUUGUCGGUCAGUAUAUCGGAGCUCUCUUCUCUUUUGAAAUGAUACAGUAAAUGAGGUGAAAUCACCAAAGAGACUGAUUCUGUGUUUGCUUCUUAUUUUUCAGAAGCCUGUCAUUCAGCUCUGUCUAUUUAUCUGUUCCUUCUGGGCCAAUAACUGAUCAAAGAGCGAUGCAGAGCAGAUGUAUGAAAUAUCGUAUGUCGAUAUGAUUGUUACAUAGUAUUCAUUUAUGAUGUUUGUAAUGCCAUCAGGAUAAGCCUUUAUGUGCAUAUAUAAGUGACUCAGUCGUCGGCUGUGCUGUCCAACUCUAAAUGGUACUUAACAGUGUGAGUGUUUCAGUUUGUGUCUGACUCUGGCAUGAGAAAAGUUUGUUGAGCUGUAUGAACGGAAUGAAAUAAAAUGUGAAAUAUUUAA